UUCAAUACUCUCGCACGCAUACUACAAAAUUAUUCGAAGCUUUUCCAGCUGGGGCACGCAACUUAGCCCCAGCUGGUGCCAAAGUGAACUGCCAAAAAUGUUCAAUUCAUCAUAUACGGCUCAACAACUACUGAGUCUGAAAUAGUGAAACUUUACUUCGUCUCUUGCUACUUCGUCCAGAACGACCGGCGAGUCAGUCUCACACGCUCACGUAGCGUACUAGCAGAGGAAGAAGGCGCCGCCAUGGACACACCACUCCUGCUCCUCGUCGCCCUCCUCCUCUUCCUCCUCCCGCUCCUCCUGCUCGCGCAGCACGGGGUCAGAAAAGGCAAGAACGGUGGCCGUCUCCCGCCGGGCCCACUGGCCGUGCCGUUGCUCGGCAACGGGCAGAGGCACUCGGUCCAGCACCUCGUGGCUCGGUACGGCCCCGUCGUGUCGUUGCGUGUGGGCACCCGCCUCGUCGUCCUGGUGUCCGACCGCUGCAUCGCGCACGCGGCCCUGGUGGAGACCGGCGCGGCGCUGGCCGACCGCCCGGCGCCCACGCGCGCGUUCCUCGGCGAGACCGGCCACACCAUCUCACGCGCCAGCUACGGGCCCGUGUGGCGCCUCCUGCGCCGCAACCUCGUCGCCGGGACGCUGCACCCGUCGCGGGUCCGGCUGUUCGCCCCGGCGCGCGCGUGGGCGCGCGGCGCGCUCGUCAACAAGCUCCGGACGUCGUCGGAGGCGCCGCCCCACGUGGCGGAGGAGCUCCGGCACGCCGUGUCCUGCCUUCUCGUGCUGAUGUGCUUCGGUGAGCGCCUGAGUGAGCCCGCCGUUCGCGCCGUCGCCGCCGCGCAGCGGAACUGGCUCCUGUUCACGGCCUACCGCGCGCACGUGUUCGCGUUCUGGCCGGCGGUGACCAAGCACCUCUUCCGCCACCGCCUCCAGAUGGGGCUGGCUGCUCGGCGGAUGCAGAAGGAGGUCUUCAUGCCGCUGAUCGAAGCUCGCCGGGAGCGCAAGAAGCAACUCAGCCAAGGCGGUGGCGACGGCGGCGCUGGGGCGCCAAAGAAGGCCACGACAUUCGAGCACUCGUACGUGGACACGCUGUUCGACAUCAAGCUCCCCGACGAGGGGGGCCGCGGGCUCACCGACGACGACCUAGUCAGCCUCUGCUCCGAGUUCCUCGCCGCGGGGACCGACACGACGUCCACCGCUCUGCAGUGGAUCAUGGCGGAGCUGGUCAAGAACCCGGCCAUCCAGGAGAAGCUCCACAGCGAGAUCAAGGCGACGUGCGGUGACGAGCAAGAGGAGGUCGGCGAGGAGGACACGCGCAGGAUGCCGUACCUCAAGGCCGUCGUCCUCGAGGGCCUGCGCCGGCACCCUCCGGCGCACGCCCUGCUGGCGCACCUGGCGGCGGAGGACAUAGACGUCUGCGGGUACCUGAUCCCCAGGGGCGCUUUCGUGCACUUCACGGUGGCGGAGAUGGGCUGGGACGAGCGGGAGUGGGGGAACCCGAUGGAAUUCUCGCCGGAGCGGUUCUUGCCCGGCGGCGACGGCGAGGGCGUGGACGUGACGGGCACCAAGGGGAUCAGGAUGAUGCCGUUCGGCGCGGGCCGGAGGAUCUGCGCGGGGCUCGGCGUCGCCGUGCUGCACCUGGAUUACUUCGUGGCCAACUUGGUGCGCGAGUUCGAGUGGCACGAGGUGCCCGGCGACGAGGUGGACCUCACCGAGAGGCAUGAGAUCACCACCGUCAUGAAGAAGCCGCUCCGCCCGCGCCUCGUGCCCAGGAGGAUCCACCGUGUUGCUGCUGCUACACAGUAGCUGUGUGCGAUUACGGCUCAUCAAUCAUAAGCAGUUUACUCGUGCUUUUAGCUGUAAAUUGAUGGCGAACAGAACGAG